AUGAGUCGGCUCCUCCCACACGCUGCUCUGCUGGCCAUUCUGAUUGGCUGUGCCCUGUGUCAGUAUGAAGACUAUGACAGCUAUUAUGGGCCCUCCCACAUGCUGGGCCCGUCGGGGCCCAACUGCGCCCCAGAGUGUGACUGCCCCGUCAACUUCCCCAGCGCCAUGUACUGCGAUGGCCGCCGCCUCAAAUCCAUCCCCUCCAUCCCCCCUGGCAUCAAGUACCUCUACCUGCAGAACAACCAGAUCCAUGAGAUCAAGGCCGGCGCUUUCGUCAAUGCCACCGACCUCCGCUGGCUCAUCCUUGACCACAACCGCAUCGCCACCAGUGCCGUGGAGGAGGGUGCCUUCGAGAAGCUGGUCUCCCUGGAGAAGCUCUUCUUCAGCUACAACGACCUGACGGAGCCCGUGAGCCCGCUGGCCAAGACCCUGAACGAGCUGAAGAUGAUCGGGAACAAGCUGUCCAAGCUGCCCCUGGGCUCGCUCUCUGGGCUGGCGAACCUGACCUCCGUCCACCUGCAGGAGAACGAGCUGACAUCCGAGGGCAUCUCCGGGGCCUUCAAGGGGCUCAGCUCCCUGGUCUACCUGGACGUCAGCCAGAACAGGCUGGGGUUGCUGCCCGCCGGUGUGCCCAGCUCCGUGGAGAUGCUCUACGCUGACCACAACGAUAUUUCCAGCGUGCCCAAGGACUACCUGCAACAGCUCCCCUCGCUGCAGUACCUGCGGAUCUCCCACAACAAGCUGGCCGACUCCGGCGUUCCUGAGGGGGUCUUCAACGUGUCGUCCCUCAUCGAGCUGGACCUCUCCUUCAACAACCUCCAGACCAUCCCAGAGGUCCACGAGAACCUGGAGAACCUCUACCUGCAGGUCAACCAGAUCAGCAAGUUUGACAUUGGAAGUUUCUGCAAGGUCAUCGGCCCCGUCAACUACUCCAAGCUUAGGCACCUUCGCCUGGACGGGAACAACCUGACCCGCAGCAGCGUGCCCUUGGAGGCAGCCAACUGCCUCCGACAGGCCACCGAGCUCACCGUGGGGGCCACAGACUAGAGGCCUUCCUCAGCCUCCACCAUCAUCCUCCUCACCCUCCUCC